CAAAAAUCAAUGCUCCACAGGGAACAGAAAACCGUGUUUAGAAUUGACGACAAUGUCCUUGUCUCACAUUUACAAAUUGUCAACUGCUACGGUAAGGUAACACUCAUGUGUUGACUAAUCCAUCGGCCUUAAGGUAGUAAAUUGCAUCAUCAAACACUCCGAACCAGCAUUAUCAAUCAUCAAUUACUGAUAUUGCAGCCUCCCCCGCCACCCAAUUGCUCAAAGUCCCCCUCUUUCCUCUCCUCCACACAUGUCAACAGCUUCUCAACGUCUAACUACCACAAGAAAUCACCUUCAAUUACCCGACAUGGCAGCAGCAACUAACUUCUACAGCAUCGUUGCUGGAGUUGGCGCCGGAACAGGCCGCUCAGUCGCGCUGAAAUUCGCAAAGACCUAUCCGGUCGCCCUUCUCGCCCGCAACCCAGCCAAUUACGAAUCCAUCGUCAAAGAGAUCAAAGCCGCCGGCGGCCAAGCAAUCGGGAUCUCGACUGAUGUCUCCUCCGAGUCCUCCGUCAAGAACGCCUUCGCAGAGAUCCAGAAGGAGUUCAAGGGCAAGAAGCUCGCGGCGGCAAUCUACAACGUCGGUGGUCGGUUUGUCAGGAAGCCGUUCUUGGAAAUGACUUCGGAGGAGUAUGAGGCUGGCUAUGAGGCCAAUGGAAAGGGAUUCUUCCUCUUUGCCCAAGCGACCCUGCCUCUUCUCCUUGAAUCUGUGCCGGAUUCCACACAUCCUCCUUCUUUGAUCAUUACAGGUGCUACGGCAUCACUCCGAGGAUCUGCGAAUAUGAGCUCCUUUGCGAGCGGUAAGUUUGCAUUGAGGGCUACGGGACAGAGUCUUGCAAGGGAGUUUGGACCUAAGGGCGUACAUAUUGCGCAUGCUAUAAUUGAUGGUGUGAUUGAUAUCCCAAGGACCAAGGAAUGGCCUGUUAAUGAAGGCGUUGACGAUGGUAAGAUUAGUAGUGAUGCUAUUGCCGAUUCUUACUGGUAUUUGCACACUCAACCGAGGUCCCACUUCACUCAAGAGCUUGAUGUUCGUCCUUAUGUGGAGAAGUUCUAGGUACAUAGAUACAAUGAAGAAACGUGGAAAUAAUACCUUUGUAUCUUUUCUUAGCAGACAUCUGUGAAGUGCCAGAUACGAAGACA